CGGCCACUCGUUGUUUUCGUGCUUUGGCGCUGUGCAGCGCAGAAAUGUCAAAGAGGCAUCAGAAUGGCUUUCAACAUGAAUUGGAUGAAGAUGUUAGGCCAUCCUCAAGCAAGAGACCCAGAAGCAAGAUUCUGCAAAGCUCGCAACCCCUUUUGCCGCCCGAACAUGCCGUUGGAAUCAUCGAGUCAGUGCACCUGAAGAACUUCAUGUGCCACAGCAAGUUAGACUUCACCUUCUCAGAGCAGACAAACUUCAUCGUCGGCAGGAAUGGAAGUGGGAAAAGUGCAAUCCUCACAUCCCUAAUCAUCGGCCUUGGCGGCAAAGCGAAUACUGCGUCCCGUGGGACCAGUGUCAAAAGCCUUGUGGAAACUGGAAAACGCUCUGCAGAGGUGUCAAUCAGGCUUCAAAACAAAGGUUUUGAUGCUUACAAGCACGAGCAGUAUGGGGACUCCAUCAUGAUCUCCAGGAGGCUAACAGCUGAUGGCUCGUCUCAAUACAAGAUCAAGUCCUGCAAUGGCACCCUGGUGUCAACCAAGAGGCAGGAACUGACUCACAUUCUGGACCAUUUCAACAUCCAGAUCGACAACCCUGUGAUGAUUCUGAACCAGGAGACGAGCCGGAAUUUUCUCCAGAGCAAGAGUCCCAGGGACAAGUACAAUUUCUUCAUGAAGGCCACGCAGCUUGAAAGGCUCAAGGUCACGUACAAGAAGAUUGAUGAAGAAAGGGUGGCAACAGAUCGCGAAUUGGCCCUGAAAGAAAAGCUGCUCCCAGACCUGGAACGGGAGGUGAAGCAGCUCGAAAAGUUGUGGCGGGCCUUUGAGAACCUGGAGGACCAGCGGGUCAAGCUGAAACGGCUAAGGGCAGAGUUGCUUUGGGCGAAGGUCAACGAGAAGGAAGAUGUGUUGCAGCAGACCGAAGCUAUGUGCCAGAAGGAAGGCAGGGUGCUCUCAAAGCUGGAGGAGAAAAUCACGGAAGUGGAUGAAAAGGUCCACACACAUGAAGAGGUGCGCAAGAGUCUUCAGGACGAGCUGAACGAGGCGCUCGAGCGCGUCCAGGAGGUGCAGCCGGCCAUUCUGUCCGUACGCAAGGAGUACACGAUCAAGAAAGACCAGCUCCGCGAGAAGGAGCAAGCGAUGGCACGUGUUGAUCGCGAUCUUGUGGCGAAGCGCAAGGAAGCCGAGCUCGUGAGAGGCCGGAUUGAAGAGCUGCGUGCAUUUGACCAUGGCAAGCAGGCUGAGGAAAAGGCACAGCGGGAGGCGCAGAUCAGGGACCUGGAGGCGAGAAAGGGCGAGCUGCGGUCGCAUCUCCGCACGUCCGAGCACCACUGCGAGCAGGUCAAGGCGUCGGUGGACGAGUGCUCGGCGAGACUGCAGGUCAUCAAGGGUGAGCAGCGUGAGCUGAAGGACAACACGACGGCCCUGUCGACCUCCAUCCAGAACUUGCAGGCCAGCAAAAAGAACAGCUUGCAGCGGUUUGGCCGUCACGUGCCCCAGUUGCUACGUGAAAUAGACAGCGCCAUGUCCAAGGGAAGGUUCAAGAAACGCCCCAAGGGGCCCCUGGGAUCACUGAUGAAGCUGAAGGAUCAGCGCUGGGACCUGGCCACCGAGUGCUGCCUCGGGGGCCUCCUGUUCGCGUUUUUGGUGGACAAUGACCAGGAUGCCAAGACUCUGCGGCAGAUAAUGUCGAAGGUCAUGGGUGCUGAUCGCAAGCCAUCCAUCAUCACUAGUUCCUUCAUGGGAACUGUUUACAACUACAAGUCCAAGGCAAUGCGCUCGUCGAGAUAUCCUAACCUUCUAGAGAACCUUGAAAUUGAAGAUCCUGAUGUGACCAACUGCCUUAUUGACCAGAGGUCGUUGGAGAAGAUUGCGCUCAUCGACACCAACAAUGAGGCAAGAAACGUUAUGAUGAAUGCUGCAACCAUUCCGCCAAAUUGCUUGGAGGCCUUCACGGCACAGGGUGAUCAGUUGUUCCCGGCGCCCGACUUCCGCUACUACUCUUCCAACAAGCAGCGGGCCGAAUUGCUAAAGGAGAAUGUGGAUGAUCAGAUUCGGGAGAAGAAAGCAGAGCUUGCAGAUGCGGAGAGAAGACUGAAAGAAUUGGACUCUGUAUGCGCCGACAAUCGAGCUGAGCUGCUGCAAAGCCAGAAGGAGGCACGUCGCCUGACAACCCAGCUGGAAUCGCUGAGGCGGGAGGAAGUCCAGGUGUCCUCUAAGAUCCGUGAGCUGGCGAGCGUUGAGGAGCCUGAGCCAACAAACGUUUCCAUGCUGGAAGAACUGCUGCAAAAGUUGGUGAGCGAGAUCACCAGUGUGAAUGAGGAGCUGACUGAGCUGAAGGAGCAGCAAAUCGAACUUCGUGCGAAGCUCAAGGCCAAGGCGGCAAAGAUCAGGGAGAUCGAGGCAGGCCGCACUAAGCUGCUCAAAGAGAGCAACGACAUCAAGACAAAGUUGCUCGAAGCUGACGCCCAGUUGCAGAAGGAUAAAAGUCAGAUGGAAAGCCUGAAGGAAGAAAAGAAAGCCAUCGAGCAGAGGCAGUCGGCCUCGGAGCGGCAGCUCAAGGCUGUCAGCCUGCAGCUGAAAGAACUGACAGAGAAGGCUGUCGAAGCUGCAUCCGAGCGAAUCUCGUCUAGGCGGAAACCAACUGCCAUCGCUGCUGAAAUUGAAGCGCUUGAGAGCCACCUACAAGUUGAAGAAAAAAGGAAGGGUAACAAAGAAGAAGCAGCAGAACUGUAUAAAUCGUCCCUGGCAAAGUACACAAAGAUCAAGGACAAGGCACAGGAGCUCCGAAGUUUUGUAUCGCUACUUGAGAAAGCCAUGGUAAGGCGACAUGCGAAGUAUGCCUACUUGUGCCAUCAGACGGCGAAUCGGCUCCGCGUCAUUUUCGGAUCGACACUGUGGCAGCAGAACUUCAUUGGUGACCUGGAGAUCGAUCAUGAAAAGCAGCACCUUCAUAUCAGGGUGGAGCCCAAGCAGGGGACCAGUGGCUCAAAAUCACGCCAGGACCUGAAGGCGCUUUCAGGUGGCGAGCGCUCCUUCUCCACAGUCUGCUUCGUACUUGCCCUGUGGGACACUAUGGAGUGUCCGUUCCGAAUCAUGGACGAAUUCGACAUCUUCAUGGACAUGGGGAAGAGGCGGGUGAGCCUCGAAAUGAUCCUCGAGAUGACCAGGCGCAAAUCCCAGAACCAGUUCGUUUUCCUGACGCCACUCGAGCUGCCAGCCAUUGCUGCGCUCCGCAAUGUAAACAUCAUGAUCAUGCCAGAGCCGAGCCGCAAGCGCCCAGCUGCCAUUGUAGCCGGAAAUGAUGAUGAUGAUGAAUGUCAGCAGUAACUGUGAUACCUUGAUCGAAUUGAGUACAUUUAGUACUUCAGGCUGAUUUGUACCUUAAAGUUGAUGUACAGGAGUGCUUUCUUUUAUUUUUUAUUUAUUUGAAGUAGCAUAGAUAUUCUUUCUUUAUUUUAUUUUACUAGAAAAUGUUCUAGUCUUUUUUUUUCCUCAUUGCAUUUAAUGUGCAAGGCCCCAUGUAUUACUUGCAGUAUAUCUUCCUUUCUAGUUUGCAUAUACGUUGUUUUUUAUUGAUCGACUUCUUGCAGCUUAGAAUGCUGUGGUUAUGCACUACAGUGCGCCAGGAGGCGUUCUGUUUUAUUAAUUGCGUUCACCAAUUUCUGUAAGCGCACGUUAUAGUUUUUAAUAAUCCAGAUAUCUUAUCAGCUUAGUUUUAAUGUUUUAAUGCAAAUUCGCGAAUAAAAUUUGUACAUAUUUCACUGUUUCUAAUUAAAUCCAAAGAACCUGC